GAUCGUUGUAAGGUCCGGAGACAGCGAACAUAGACCUAUAUUGUUGCCCGUGUCGUCAUCAGUUGCGCAAGCAGGGACGAACGAUGCCAUCUUACCAGUUUAACCAUUUCACAGGACGUCUCCGAGAAUCUACACAUUUCCAGCCACUUUAUCCCAUUUCUGCGACCCCGUUGCAUUCUGCAGAUCCACCAAAAAUGAUCUACGAUACAAUCAAAACAAAACCAGCAACUGCUGGAAGUGCUCGGUCCUGGAGUAGCACUGUCCAGGAAGGCAAACUUCCUGAGAAAAUGCUCAAAACCAUGGUAGCAUACCAGAAAGAUGUGGAAGCUCCGAUUUUCUUGAUAAAGGGAACUCCAGACAAAAUUAUGUUUGGCAUGUCAUGUGUGGGUCUAGCGAUAACUAUGGGAAUGGCGUUUGAGUUCUUGCUCAGAAGAGCAUUCCCUCCGAAGUAAGGAAGACGGCAAGGCUGAUGGAUAAUAGACUCGCGUAGAUCGAUUAAGAUGUAAAGAUAAAACAACUUUGCAGCAGCAGUAAAAAAUUCUUGAAGAUGAAUUGUUCAACUUUCUUUUCGUUGAUGAGAAAUCAUUGAUGAAUACGAUUAUUUGUCUUGUCGAAGUUGUAUCAAAGAUGUUUGCUAAAUACAAGUUCAAUUGUGACAUCCAA